GUCAUUAUUUAUUUAUCUUUCAGGUGGACGAGUCUCAUCGAUAGUUCGUCUACUACUAAUGACUGCUUGUUGAAUUAUUCAUAUACAAAGUUUCAGUCUCCCGGUGGACGGCUUCCGUUACGUUCGCAUUGGGGCACACAUGUGCUCGGCUGGGGGAUCGCCCCUAUGUGAGGGGCAAUGCGCGAGCUAGUCUGCCCCAGACUGAGAAAAUUGCUCAAGAACCAACGUCCCUACAUUCAUGUGCACCAAUUCAUCCAAACUGACGAGCUGGAGAAAGGGAUUCCUCUUGCAGCGCAGACGACAUACUGUGCAGAGCUGGAGGAGUUGCGGGAGUUGCUCCAUUUCCCUGAAGAGGUUGCUCUCCGUUUGGCCGACACCGAAUACCAACUCUUUUAUCAGGUACCACCAAUCGACUACUUACGUCAGGUGACCUUGGACUUGGGAGGGGCUACAGGAACAUCAGCAGAUAGCCUCCCUAUACACGCUUCGAGAUCAACAGUUUCGACCCUCAUAAAGCGUUUCAACGAGGUGAGCGCUUGGGUGACACAUCUAAUUAUCACCCAACCCACCCAUGAUGCACGUAGAGCCGUUCUCUCUUGCGUUCUGCGAGUUGCCUUGUCUUCCUGGAACAUUGGAAACUUCAAUGGUGCCAUGGAGAUCAUCGCUGGCCUUAAAUCGAACAAACUCAAACCCUUCUGGCUGUCCAUCACCGAGAAGGAGACCCUCCCCGUCCUCGACUUCCUCUCGGCAGCCCUUUUGUCCGCCGAAUACGACCGCGCCCUGAGCCGUGCCCUAUCGAUGACAGAGUGCCCUGUCGUGCCCUUCUUCGGCGCCUUUCUCAGGGAACUGCGCGAGAUCCUCGCCGCGCAGGAGGGCCAGCCGGCUCAGGGAGGGGGAGGGGGUAGUACGGGUGGAGGGGCAGCCGGAACGGGGGAGCAUCUGGGCGCGGCGGCAGGGAAGUCGGCGAAGGGCGCAGGGCACAGGGACCAACAGCAGCAAAGACAAGUGUUCAUAUCAGAUUACAAUGGAGAAGAUCAUCACUUCACGACAGUGGGGCCAGGAUUAAUCAACGUCGACAAAAUCUAUCGCACCCAGGCCGUCAUGGAUCACAUCUCUCUUUGUCAUCAACAUUACCAUAGUCGGAAUCGUCUUUUACCUAUCGUUAAUCUCAUCGAGUAUCUUAAGUUAUCAGCAGAAAACGAACAACGCGUUUUAGCGUUCGGACCCACGGAAAAAGUCGAAUUGGACGCCGAGUACGACUGUGAUGUAGACGAUUAUCACCCUGUACAACCCUUGGUGCACGACCAUGGGGUUAGUUUCGUUUGUCUGUCGUCGCCUUUGACAAAAAUCGAUCAGCACGUGAUACAGAUCCUCCACCACGGCAGCACUUGCGUCCUCUGGGAGGGGGGCGAGGGAGCAUUGCCCGCUCCAUCAGCUUCGGCCGCCGCGCGCGGCCACCCCCUUUACCUACGCCUGGACCGGUCCUGCACUACCCUCACGUGGGUGCGGCCGAGCUGGAGCGGGCUGAGGGCGGGUACACAGUGCGCCGACUCGGAUCCCUUCUCGGCCGACUUUAAUCUGUCGUUUAAUCCCGAGGAGACGCUCGCGCCCGGAUUACUGACCAAGUUGGCGGUGCAGGCGAGCGGGGAGCAGAGUACUGGCACGACUUUGGAUGACGGCUUCCUGGACCUGAUGGCGAUCAAAGAGGUCCAGCUGGGAGGCAGGGACGCGGAAAAAGAAGUCGAGCUGGCAACGAUGGCAAAGAGAUACGGCCUCAAUCACGAACGGGGAAACGAAUGCGCUCUAACCAUACUCUACGGUUACGGUUUGAGCGACAAUAGGUUGCUCUACAUCGUCUGUCCACCUGUAGUUUGCAGGGUAUGGUUCAGCGGAUUAUGUUGGUUAAUCAAGGGGUUGACAAGACAACAAGCACUCUGUGAUAGGAGAUUAUUAUGGUUGAAGGAACAGUAUAUGCAGCUGUAUCACGAAGAUGGUUACUGUUGUGGACCAUUAGCAGCGGACGCCAUUAGAUCUUUCGGAGGCAGGGAUUGGUCUCUAGCUGGCAUGACGUCAUCGGUCGGAGCGAACACUGAGACUUCAGGGGCACUCAGAAGAGAAGUUUCAAUGAAAAUCAAGAAGAAACAGCUGCUGAGUAACCAAACGUUCAAGGACCGGAGUUUGCGCUCCCAAUUCGUCGAGCCGGCAACAAUGUGCAUGGAGAGCGGCUAUUGGCGAACGGCAACGCACCAUCGACAGUCCGCCCCCAAUACAUUUCCUGAUCACCAGCACGAUGUUUUGAGGCACCACAGCUUGGGACAGUUGGCCUACAACUGCUCCCAGCCUAAAUUCGACAGGGAUAGGCAUGGUUCGACUGAGCACUUAUGGCAUGGUAGACAUCCGAGAGUUGGCUCAAUACUGUACGAUACUCAACUAGAUUUUGUAGAUUUUGUUACCCUUUUUCGUUCCUUUAGUUUAUUAAUAAGAAAAGAUCUCAGAGAUCUGUUCGAACAACUAGCAAUAUCUUAUAGAAGUACGGCUGUGAAUACAACUAAGAUAAACGGUAUCAAAUCCAAAAUAGAGCAACCAAAGAAACCGCAUAAAUUUGGUCUAUUAACUAGGAAUAGCAAAGCAGAACUCGAUGGUACAGUGGUGAAUUCUCAAAAGAAAAUAUAUGACGCCAUCGCUGCUGCCAGUAUCUUCACGAAUUGUGCCGGCAUCGAUUCUAACAAUUCUCAAGUCAUCACACUCUCCACGUUCACGAAAUUUCUGGAAACCAGGCAAAUGGAAGUACGGACGGAAGAUCAAGUCAAAGCUUUAAUUUAUAGGCAUGAGCCAGAUGCCAGUCUUCGUUUCCAAAAUUGUCUAUCAUUUGAGGGUUUCGCAAGGUACCUCAUGGAUAAAGACAACUUCGCCUUCAUACCAGAGAAACAAGUUCCUAACGAAACUGAAAUGACGCUCCCCAUGUCCACCUACUACAUAGCAUCUUCGCACAACACCUACUUAACAGGCCACCAACUCAAAGGAGAAUCAUCUGUAGAACUAUAUAGUCAGGUUUUACUGACUGGCUGCAGAUGUGUCGAAUUGGAUUGUUGGGACGGGGAUGAUGGUUACCCCAUGAUCUAUCACGGUCAUACUUUUACUACCAAAAUACCGUUCAGUUCGGUCGUAGAGACCAUUGACAAGAAUGCCUUCGUUUCAUCGCCUUACCCUAUCAUUUUGUCGAUAGAAAAUCAUUGUUCUCUUCAACAACAAACUAGGAUGGCUCAAAUAUUUCAGAGGAUAUUCGGGGAGAAACUGGUGACCAGCUUCCUGUUCGACUCAGACUACGGCGACGAGCCUUGCUUACCGUCCCCCGAGCAGCUCAGGAACCGCGUCCUGAUCAAGAACAAGAAGCUGGUGAUGGAGGUGCCCGCCCCUUUGAGCUUGGCCGCCUCGGCCUCGAUGAGACCAGGCACUGGAGGCGGCAUCAGGCACUCGGUGCCAGGCAGGACCAGUUCCAUCAUCAGCAACACCAGCAGCAGCUCCUUCAACGACGAUUUCAGUGACGAUGAGUACGAUGAUGAGGACGACGAGGACAAUAUAGACGACAAGCCUCUUCACGUUUUUGAUUCUCCAAGGCCAUAUGGAGUGUCACACGCAGUGUCAAAAACAAGUUCGCAGAAGCGAGGAAUGCCAGAAGAUAAGCUAAGGAAGAAGAGCAGUCAAAUUUCCAAGGAACUGUCAGAUAUGGUUAUUUAUGUUCAGGCGAUCAAAUUCCGAGGCCUGAACACCAUAUCGCCCAGUAGCUCAGUCAAGCAACGCCAGAAGGCCAUCACCUGCUCAGUGAGCUCGAGCGCCACUUCCGGUAUCAGUUCGGCUUCCAACGUCAGUUCCGGCACCAGCAGCGAUCCCGACACCGCCAUCUUUGAAUCGGAAGUGCAGAAGGCACGACCGAACGUCAACUUGCCAUGUUAUCAGUGCUCUUCCAUCAACGAAAACACUGCUAAGAAACUUUGCAGGAAGCAGCCCUUAGCCCUCGUAGCGCAUACCCAAACCCAACUCAUGAGGACUUAUCCGGCCGGAAUGAGGAUAGACUCCUCGAACUUCAAUCCGGUGAUAUUCUGGUCGUUCGGCAUACAAAUGUCCGCCCUCAACUACCAGACGGAAGAUACGGCCAUGCAACUCAACAACACCCUGUUCGAAAUCAACGGCAACUGCGGCUACGUCAGCAAACCGAACGUGAUGUGGGAUAGGUCCCAUGUCAUGUACAGGAGAUUCAAUCCUUGGGAUAAGGAAUUCGAUGGAAUCCACUCAUCCCAAAUAGUCAUAAACAUCGUAUCCGGCCAAUAUGUCGGCCAAAGCAGCGUGAACAUCAGCACGUACGUCGAAGUCGAGAUAAUCGGCAUCCAAGUGGACUGCAACAAGCAGAAAACGAAAAUAGUGCAGAAAAACGCCUUGAACCCCAUAUGGAACGACACCUUCCACUUCCGGGUGAUGUUCCAAGACUUGGCUUUCCUGAGGUUCGCCAUUUUGGAAGCGUCCACCAAUCACCUGCUGGCCCAGAGGAUAUUGCCGUUGCGAUGUCUCAGGCCGGGAUAUCGUCAUGUGCGUCUCAGAUCAACUCAGAACAAAAACUUGAAGAUGUCGACUUUGUUCAUUUACUCUAGGGUGGAGGAAGAAAGUCUGGAGAAUCCGGAAAGUGGGGAUGGAAUCACGGAGCGAGCUCAGACGCAAGAGGUGGAAGCGACCGAAUCUUCUGGGAAAUAUGGUACAUUCCUAGGUAUCUCUGGUACGCCCUUGUGCGUCAAACGCCGCAUGUUCUUUCUCAUGGUUUACGGGGUGGUAUCUGAAGAACCUUACACGAUCUUGAAGAUAACCCAAGAAAGUACGACUCAAGACGUUCUGCUGCUCUGCGUGCAAAAAGCCGGGAUCAGUCCGCACAAAAUAAAUGAUUAUAUCUUGGUGGAAGAAGUAGCCAGGGGAUGGGAGAAAAAAGACCACAAUUUACCAUCGACUCAACGGAUUCUGGAUCUGCAUGAAAGGCCUUUACAAGUCGCGUGCAAGAACUGUCAGAUAACCGACCCUGGAGGCAAAACAUAUUUGUUUACAAGUGAUCGAAAUAGUUUUCCACAAUUAUUUUGGCAUAUGAAUCGUAUUUUUCCGCUAUUCAUCAAUUCCCUAAUGCCAUCACAUUGUGCUGUUGUAAAAUGCACAAAAACUGCAGCGGAAGAUGAAGAAAUCCGGAUGCUACAUUAUGAUUCAAAAGCGCAGUCCCAAUGGAAGGGCGAGGGCCGCUUCAUCCUCAAGCGCAUGGGCGACGACCCGAGCAGCCGCGCAUGGCUGUCCUCGAUCCGCAGCGUGGCGAGUCGCGAACGGGAAGCGAGGCGAGCCGAGGGGGCGCCGAGCAACGCGUGGGAGGAGAACGACACCUUCCUCGUGUGCAUCUACAACGUGUCGCCGCAGAUCCCGUACGCCAUCCUCAAGGUGCCUCUGGACGCGUGCGCGCAAGACGUUCUCGCGCAGGCGCUGGUCAAGGCGCGCAGGCUCGAAGAUCCGAUGAACUUCGCCAUCGUGGAGGAACUGGAGUGGGGUGGAGCGGGGCACAACUGCCAACAGCGUGCUCUCGCCGAUUACGAGAACGUGUAUAGCGCGCAGUCGCACUGGCAGACGAUCGGAAGGUUCAUACUGCAGGAGAGGUCUAAUGCCACGCCCACCUCCCUGCGCAAGAACCGCAUCACGGCCAGCUUGCGUUUAGCCACCCUCGACCGCAUAAGCCGUGGCCUGAACGUCGCGCGCAGCGUCGCCUCCAGCAGCAUGAAAAUGCCCGUGCAAGUGGCGCUGAGCGACCCCACCACUUCCAAGUGGAAGACCAGGCAGGCGGAGGGGGGGAAAACGACCACUCGCGGCGGCAAGCUGUCGGUAGACAGUAACGCGACGGACGCCAAGGCGGCAGGUCGGAAGGCGGAGGCCGUGCGUGAGGUGCAUUCGGAGGGGGAAACGCUGAGCGAGGACGAGAGCAAAGAGUCGGAUAUCAUGUCCCGCUUGAAGAAGGUGUCGUUGCGGAAGUUUAAGGAGUGGAAGUCGUGACUCGUGGAGUAGACUUUUCCGGCGUGGAUUGUUUGUUGUGCUGGACUGGCUGGCGUUGAUAUCGGAAAGAUCUCGUAGCUUCUUUUAUUUUCAAUUGUAAAUCGCGAAAAGUAUGUACUGAUUUGAAGAAGAAAAUAUUGCAGUUUCAAAUAACUAGUGUCGUCCCGAAAGUACACCUUGUUAGCAUAGAAAGUUUGCGAGAACAAUGAAGAAAAAAAUAUAUAUUACAGUUUCACGUCAUCAUUGUCGCUGCGGAAAUUGAAGGCAAAACAAAAUCGGAUUUCAGAUUAUUGUUUAUGAUAUUAUAUGAAACUUUAAGAGAAUCUAUUUUAUAUAAUUCAUCCAAUGAAAUUUUUCUGUUAUCGCAUACAGAUCAUUUGUUGGGAUAUCAAAUGAGAGACGAAACAAUACUUUCAAUAUUUUACUGAAAUAAUGUUUUCAACAAGAUCCCGUUACUCGUAAAAUAGGCUUCUCAAAGCAGAAAGUUUGUUGUGUUGGACUAAGUGGCGUUGAUUUCGGAUAUAUCUCGUAGUUUCUCAUAUUUUCAAUGGUGAAGCACGAAGAAUAUGUACUGAUUUGAAUGAAAAAAUAUUGCAGUUUCACUUCUUUAAUGUCGUUGCGGAAAUUCAAGGAAUGAAAGUCACGACUCCUUGAAUAGACUUUUCUAGCGCAGAUAGUUUGAUUAGUUGGAGAAACUGGCGUUGAUAUCGAAAAGGUCUCGUACCUUCUUUAUUUUCAAUUGUUGAGCGCGAAAACUAUGUAUUGACAUGUGGCAAAUACUAUUAUUAUAUCAGUUCAGAGUCUCUAUACUUUGGUAUAUACCAAGGAUGAAAAAUUGAAUUUUUUUCAGUUCCAACCUUAUUCACGAUAGAAAAGAACGUGUACCACCCAUGACAGCACUAACUUGUAUUCAGGCAUAAUUUCAAGGUUGAAGAAAGUUUUGUAGUAGAAGUCCAAAGAGUUUAUAUUGGACCAUGCCAGUGGGCCUUGAUUUUUUUCUAAUAUCACUUCGUUUUAUUUGUCGAAAUUGGAAGAUAAUUCAACACAUAGAGUCUUCAGUGGUGGAAUAGUAUAAAUCAACAAAUCAAAUCUUGUUGACUGUCACAAAAAUCCCAAUUUUGGUUGGAAAAUUAGGUACCUGAUAGUUACAAUUCUCAGUAUUGAGGGAACAAGUGAAAUCUGUUCAAGCAUAUCAAAUUAAAGACAUUUCUUUCAAAUACAUAAAUGUGUAGUUCAUUUUAGUUGGAGAACCUGUGUAUAAGACCUCAAUUCGGUUUAUUUGGAGAAAUUCUGGUAUCACGUUUUUCUAGGAAGAUAUUUCGCAUGUAGACAAAUAAUGAAGGAUUUUUUGAUGACCCAAAGAGAUACUACUGUGAAUGCGACGAAUUGCAAUUGAAAAAUGACCGAGGAAAAUGUACUCGUUGGAAUCAAUUAUAGGGAAUUUAGAGAUGUAGCAAUAUAGUAUAUUAAAUACAUUUAGAUUCCAUAUGAACUUAUAUACACUAUCACAGAUUUUUAAAAAUUUGUCUUUCAGUAUUAGUUCGAAAAAUUCAGAACUGGUUUAAAUAUAUAUAUAUACAGGGUUGGUCCUACGUCAGUGUUUCACAUACCUUUAAAAGGCGAGCUAAUUCAUCAUUUUACGUUGAAUUUUGAUGUUGAUAAUAUCAUUGAAAAAAUAUCCUAGCAGAACUCUGGAAAUGGACUUUUUUCAUGUAAAAUAUGUCUAGGGUUUUGUACUUUUUAUAUGGGUGAAGAAUAAAUAUGCUUCAUGUAUUUGGAUAUUUUGGCUUCACUUUUUUGUUGACUAUUUCAUAGCUAAAAUAAAUAAACCCCAUGAAUGCACUUGUUGCUUUCUUUAAUGGACCAGAAAUCAAUUGAAAGGAGUUCAGUUCAAGGAUCUACUAUCAACACAUAAAAAGUAAAAUGAAAUUCAUUAUUCAACUUUCAAUCAUCAACUGAUGAGGUGAUAUGAGUUUUCAUUGGAGACAUUGGAUGUUUUACACACAUCAGGUUAAUAACUAACACACGUCAAAUAUAGAUUGAAAACUGCAAGGGGCCCCAAACUGAACCUUGUGGAAUGCUAGAACUUACUUUAUUCCUAUAAUUUCAUGACAAUGUGAACAAAUACUUUUUGGUCAUGCUAAGGACUUCUUUUAGCACAAUUGAUAAUUAGAUUCAAGAUUCUCCUCAAUUAUUUCCUGGUUCAAAUUAGGUUAUAAAAAUUUUGUUAUAUAGGAUCAGCAUUGAACCAAAAGGAAUAACACCAAAUUUGACUGUUUAUGAAUAGAUUGAAUUCAUAAUUAUACUGAUUUGGUGCUAACCUAUAUUUUGUUGGAAAUAUGUUUUUUAUAAUUAAUCCCAGAGUUAUUUAUUGUUGUUGUAAACAAUAAGUAAAUUAAUAAUAGAAUUACAUAGACAUCAAAUAUCACCAGCAUUCAUAUGUACCUAAUAUUAAUAAAAUAAGCAUGUCUUAUACCUCAUAUCCUUAUAUCACAUCUACUAUCAAUUUUUAGUUUUCAACAUAUCCAAGUUUGAAUGAAAUUUUAUGAUAUUUAUAAAGUUGACAUAAAUAUUGCUAUUGUACAUUAACAUAUUGAUGUUAUAAAAAUAUAAUAUGAAUAAUACGAAAGAAAUUAUAUUACCUAACUGUUAAUUUACAGUACAAAUUUGAAAUUAUUGUUUUUAUGUAACAUUGUUAUAUUUAAUAAUUUAUAAAAUAUAUUGCGUUAAAUCUC